AUGCAGGCAAAUAUCAGCGGCAAGUCUGAUUUGCUGUUCCAGUUCCUCUCCAUCAACAGCAAUGCCAAUGCGAGUUCUCAAGGAUGUCACCACUUUGGAUUGGCUGCAGUCUUCAAGACAGAGUGGGCAGCAACAUUGGCGCAGGUCCAAGUGAAUGCUAUGAACUAUUGGAUGGACCGCCUUCGGCAUGCGUCAGCUGACCAUUGUGAGGGAGCAGUCCGGACUGCCAUUGACUCCACUGCGCCCUUGACCUUUGACCUCCCAGAUGCGACCCAGAAUGAGACAGGCCUUUGCACCCGUGCUUUGCAAGACAUCCAAAAGAGCCUUUGGUCCAGGGUGGUGGACAUCUCCAAGUCCAUGAUUGAUUUGAAGUCUGCUGUUGAGAAGGCCAAGAAUCUUGUGUCGACUUUGACAGAAGUGCGCCAAUCAAUUUCCAAUAAGGAGCCGGUGACUGAAACCAUUGUGAAGCGGGUCCAAGCCCUCAGCUCUAUCAAGGACUGCAAGAAGCUGCUGACAGAGUCUGAGGGUUUGAGUGAAGCUGAUGCUUCAGCAAGAGACUCUCUCACUCAAGCAUGGGACCAAUUCCAACCUCAUGUACCAGACGUGCAAGCUGAGUUCUCCAAGUUUGUCAAGUUCAUGAACAAGCAGUGGCAUCCAGGUCAGGACGGAACAGACUUUGAGGCUGGAGAGAUCUCUUUGCUGCUUUCUGAGCAUGAGACUGGCCUUCUCUUUGCUGAGAUUGGACGCGCUUGCUACGCAGGACUUGUGGAGUGCUAUGUGACCCAAGGAACGACUUUGGCAGAGCAAACCAUCGCCCUGAUGAUGAGCAAUUUCAUCAGAACCUUGGCGUCAUGGACCGAGACAUCCAAACAAGACCCAUCUGUGCCAGAAGGUCUUGAAGUGACCGUGGAGGCAAUUGAGAACCCCACAGGGGCGAUUCUUCAGCCUUACCUCUCCCUCUAUGUGAGGAUCAAGAGCUUGGACAUGAAGAUCCUGGAGGAGCUUCUACCAGAGAAGCAUGGCUUGGCAGUGACCUUUUUGAGUACUUUCGAGAAGACAGUCAAGGCCUACCUGACGACUGUGGAGCAUGAUGUUGAAGAAUCACUGGAGGGGUUGAAGCAAUACAGGGAUAUCAUUCCUGCUUCGGAGUCCUGGGAUAUUGACCCUGUGAUGUGGAACUUCGAAGACUUCCGGGCUGUGGCUGCAAAGGUCCUCACAUACUUGGCUGUUGGAGACUACAUCAUCCACAGUGAUCAUGAGCGCUAUAAGGAAAAGGGUGCCUUGGGCAAGGUCAUGCAGUUUGUGGGAAGCGUGGGUAUGUCCAAAGCCGAUCUUCCCGCAGAAGUGCUCAAGCGGUUGGAGAGCAAGCCUGAGCCAGAGCCUGCCCCAAAGGCAAUGACAAAGGCAAGGGCUGCACCAAAGAGAAAGAAGACGGCAAAAACCCAGCCAGAGCAAGACGGAGACGAGGACCAGGAGGAGGAGAACAAGCGGUUGAAGAGAGAGCCUGCGGUGGAGAAGACGGAGCUGAGCGAGCCCAUGGGCGAGGUGCAAGUGGAUGCGACUCGAACGAUUCGGGAGUCCAUCUUCCGAAAACUGGUGGAGGCGUUGGGGCAUAGCCUCUCGGGUGAUGUUGGAGCGGAUGGGAUCUUCAUUCCACCCGUCCCGGGCGAACUCAUGCAGGGCCUUCCAAACUGUUACAGUUACUGGCCCUUGUGCGCCGGUCACGUGGAUUGGACGACCUUCGUGGAUUUCACCAACGUGGCGGCCGCAGGAGGGGCGAACUCGCUCGCGACGUUGUUCUAUGGUCCACAAAGUCUCCUUGAGCACCUGGGUCGGCGAAACCUCAGCGUGCACGGGAAGAGCUACGAUGUGCCGGGCUACGCGGUCUUCGCCAACACCUGGCUGUCCAACCACGUGAAGAACUGGUAUGGCCGUGAGGUGCUCGCGUCCAUGGACCAAUCGGCUGGGUGGCAACAAAGAUGGACGUCCUUCAAGUGGCUGCUCCUACAGAAGACCAAGAUCGUAGAGGAGGCCUCGCCGGUGAUCUCCUUUCCGUCCUGGCACUUGGAUUCACAGGAGGCGGAUCCCUGUUGGAGCUUCGACCCUUCGGCCCUGCCCUUGGCCGAUUGGAUCGCGCUGCAAGACGAGGAGGAUCCCCGAGUGGCCUUGGAACGUUUCUCCUUGGAGGUCAGCGAAGAGCUCGGGCCAAAGUAUGCCUUGGAAUACGAAGAGCUUCAGUUGGCCGUGCGUUUGGUGGAUUGGUUGGUGGCCACCGAAGGAUGCCAGAACUUCAAGCCCCACCAGGCACAAAGGCUCUUUCACAGUGAAGGCCUUUGGCAGACCCUGCGCUCCCGGUUGAUGCGUGCGUGGCGCAGCAUCUGGGGCCAAGAGUCGGUCGAUCGCGUGGCCCAAGCCGUCUUGAAGAGGUUGAUGGAGCCCACAGAGGUCUCUGCCUCGCCCGUGGAGUGUGUGGGGCUGCAAACCUACGUGGCUCUUUGCGAGGCGGGCUGGGCCGGGGGUUGCCUGGACGUGCCUGGAUGUGCUUGGACGCCUGAUCCCAGUACUCCGAGUGUGUCACGGACGGACGCCAAAGUCCUUGCAAGUUGCAAGCCCAACGAGAUCUAA